AUGGAAGACUAUGAACAAUUGGAACGGAUUGCUCGGCUUUUUCAAGCGCUGUAUCUUGCUGUUUGUCGCCUUGAAGAUUUCUACAAGGGUUUGAACCUGAUCCCAUCUGAACAGAGAUUCUUUCCAUAUCUUAAUAAGUAUCAAACUGAAGACAACAAAACUAUUUCUUUUACUUAUCUCUAUCAGUUCGAAGGAUCCUUAAAAUUUCUAUGGAAGGCUGAGACAAUUGAUGGGUGCUUAAUUGUUGUAAAACUCGCCCGGGAAUAUAAUGCUGAUGCACAUCAACUCUGUGCCCAGAAAAGGCUCGCUCCACGGCUGUUAUGCGUUAGCAAGCCCAAUGAACUGCGAAAAUUUCAGAUGAUUAUAAUAGAAUGUGUCGCUGGUACCGUUCUGAGCAAGAAAGACAAUGUCAAUACGGAACUCUAUUUGGAUAUAUUUAAUAGUGUGACGUCUAUUAUUAAUCUGCUUCAUAAGAACAACUUUGUAUUCGGUAAUCUUCAACCCUCAAAUAUUCUUGUAGUAAAUGCGGAUGGUCAACAACAAACAAUGCUAAUUUCUUUUGAUUGGUGUGGUAAGCACCAGGUGAAGAAAUACCCACCAUCAAUAAAUAAUGAUUUGUCACUGACAGCGAAACCUGGUGCUUUACUUAACAAAGCACAUGAUAAUUUUUGCACCCUUGCUACACAUAUCGGUAUCCCAGAUGUGAAUCCAUGCUCAUUAUGUGGAAAAGAGAUUUAUUCUGCAUCGAACCCGCCAUACAAAGAAUUUACCCUAGCUUCGUGUAGACACAUCUUUCACCAGAAGUGUCUUGAAAAGUAUCUGGUAAAUGGAGAAGCGCGAUGCCCGAAUAAGGAUUGUAAUAGAGAUAUUGAAACUUUUCUCUCUCCGGAUCUUUUUAAGGAAACGGGCAAACCUACAUCCUCAACUGCAGAUAUCACUAAGCCAGUUGAUUUGGGAAAUCAAACUCCCGUGGAUAAUGAUGUAACACUAAUGGACGAACUAGGAUUAUUAGGCGGAGAGGAACAAAGUUCGUCCAAGACUACCGACAAGGCAUCAAGCUCUAUUCAGAUCAUUAAAGAAACUUCUGACCAGGCAACUAGCCCUAUUGAGGUUGUUAGCACUACACCUGGCAAUUCUGAAAAUGUGGAUGACUCAAUUUCAAAGGACUCUAGCGGACAAAUCUAA